GCUGAACUGGAAAUUACUAGCUUAGAAGCAGCGUUUGAAUGCACCUUUGGCCCCUCUGAAACCCACGUGGCUAAUGAACUACAACAUUGUCUCCUCGUGUCCUCAUUGGUCCGCAGGUGAUUACCGGGAUUGGCUGUCAGUAAGUAGCUUUUACAGAAAGGUAAACAUUUCAGGAAAGUAGGACCUUCUUCUUCAGAGAACCAACACUUCUGAACAACAGAGAGGAGUCGAAAGUGGCCAACGUGAGGAAAUAUGAGCUAAAACGACACUUUGAGCUGUUUAACAUCCCUUUAAAUUAAGUUGCAAGUGUGCGUGAGAGUUUUUGCAGACAUGGUAGAGGUGUUUUCCGGGCGGACUCUCGUGAAUAAAGACGGGGAUUUUGUCGACCCCGAGGAGGCGUUGAGGAACAAAGUGGUGGGAAUCUACUUUUCUGCAGGAUGGUGUCCGCCUUGUCGAGACUUCACACCCAUCCUGUGUGAUUUCUAUACGGAGCUGGUGGAGGAGGGUGAGCCUCCUGCUCAGUUUGAAAUAGUUUUUGUCUCCUCUGACAAGUCGACUGAGGACAUGGUUGAAUAUUAUCAUGAUAUGCACGGAGACUGGCUGGCUCUACCUUGGACGGAUGAUUACAAACACGAGUUGAAGCAGCGCUACAAGAUCACCGCAGUGCCCAAACUGGUGAUAGUGAAGGAGAACGGCGACGUGAUCACAGACAAGGGCAGGAAACAGAUCCGAGACCGAGGCCUGGCCUGCUUCAGGACCUGGCUGGACGCUGCAGAGAUCUUCCAGAACUUUAAGGGUUAGAAAACGACAGCAAAAAAAAUGAGAGAUGAACAAAACCAAAGUAAAAACCUUUCUAUGUUCACUUUAGUUCAUUAAGAUGAUUCUGAAGGGUCACAAGAUGAUUUAAACGGAUAUAAAUGAACAAAUUAUAUUUCUGUUACACAAACUCUUGUUUAUUUAUU